AUGUCAACAUUCUCCACCCAGACAGCUUCCAAUAGCAGCCCUUCAAUGGCCCCCACCUUCUUGCUGGUGGGCAUGCCAGGUCUGUCAGCUAUACCCUCCUGGUGGACAAUCCCCCUCAUCAUGCUCUACCUUCUAUCUGCCUUGGGCAAUGGUACCAUCCUCUGGAUCAUUGCCAUGGAGCCCACCUUGCACCGCCCAAUGUACUUCUUCCUCUUCCUACUCAGUGUGUCUGAUGUUGGCUUGGCCACAGCCCUGAUGCCCACCCUCUUGGGUCUUGCUCUUGCUGAUGUUCAUGUGGUCUCUGCCUCAGCCUGCCUCCUCCAAAUGUUCUUUGUCCAUGUCUUUUCUGUCAUGGAGUCCUCUGUCUUGCUCACAAUGGCCUUAGAUAGAGCACUGGCAAUCUGCCGUCCUCUCCACUAUCCCACACUCCUCACCAAUGGUUUCAUUAUGAAGAUUGGUCUCGCUAUUGCUUUCCGAUGCCUAGGUCUCCAUCUGCCCCUACCAUUCCUCCUGGCCCACAUGUCCUACUGCCGCCCACAGGUCCUAACCCAUUCUUAUUGCUUGCACCCAGAUAUGACCCAUCUGGCUUGCCCAGGAGCUUGGGGAGCAGUCUACAGCCUCUUUGUGGUCCUCUCAGUCAUGGGAUUGGAUCCCUUGCUUAUUUUCUUCUCCUAUGGCCUAAUUGGUAAAGUGUUGCAAGGUUUGGGAUCCAGUGAGGAGCGCUGGAAGGCUAGUCAAACCUGUGUGGCCCACCUCUCUGCUGUGCUCCUCUUCUAUGUGCCUAUGAUCCUCCUGGCACUCAUUGACCGUCUUAGAUUGCCAGUACCUCAGCCUGCCCAUACUCUUCUCUCCUAUGUCCACUUUCUGCUUCCUCCAUUAUUAAACCCUAUACUCUAUAGUGUCAAGAUGAAGGAGAUUAGAGAAAGAAUACUCAAGAGAUUACAACCCAUGAAGGUAGGUUUUGCUCAGUGA